AUGGAAUAUCCUACAAAGACCUCAUCAGGAUUCUUGAUUCUUAUUUGUUCUAUAUCAAAUAUUUUCUGUAUAUGCCCUUUAAAGUGCUCAUGCUCUAGCAAAAAUAGAAACGUUGAUUGCUCAGUUGGAAACCUAACUGCUUUGCCAUAUGGACUACAGGACAAUAUCACAAACCUGAACCUGUCUUACAAUCAGUUUGUCAAUUUAGAUAGUCAGUUAACUAAAUUCACUAAUUUGAGGUCGCUUGACAUUUCACACAACUUCCUCAGGAAUCUACCUUCUCAUUUGCCAAAAUCCCUCUGGGAAGUUUAUGCAUCAAAUAAUAAUAUUAAGGACCUUCAUAAACUUGACACAGCUUAUCAGUGGAAUCUUAAAGUGCUGGAUAUGUCCAGGAACAGGCUUCAGAGAACUAUCCUUAUUAACAAUACACUGGGUAGCCUGCAGCUGCUUAAUCUAAGCAGCAACCGACUAUGGACAGUUCCAACCAACAUGCCACACAACGUCAAAACUAUUGAUUUAUCUAACAACUUGUUAACACAAAUUCUCCAAGGAACACUGGUUAGAAUGUCCAGCCUUAGAAAAUUGUACCUACACAGUAACAGAUUUACCUACAUACCUAAAAAUGCCUUUGACCAGCUAACUAAUUUACAAGAGAUUACUCUGUAUGACAACCCUUGGGAAUGCAAAAUACAAAGCAUUGUGUACUUGUUGAUGUGGGUAAGGGAAAAAACAAACAAUGUUAUUGGCCAUCCCUGUGUCAAUGAAAGUAGCCUACAAGGUAUCACAAACUACCCCUAUCUAACUGAAACCACUGAUCAGGUACUUAAUACUCCAAUACUUAAAACAUCAAUCUCACCUUUUCUGGAAGCACAAGAAACAAAACUGUACAAGCAAAUUCCCUUUUUAGAACCAAUAACAGCUGCUACAUUAAAAGUAUCUGACAUUUUCUUUCCAAGCAGAGACUUCUCCAUUAUCACAGAGGAAGGAUCUGCAGAUGUACACACACAUUUAAGUCCUGAUACCCUUGGCACCAAAGACGCGUCUUAUCUAAGCUCAAAUGAAAUAGAUGAAAUGGAGUCCUAUGAUUAUACACUGACUUUUAGCAAUAAUAAAGGCAAGUCAGGCAAUGAAUUAGAUCUGCAGUUGCCAAGCACAACUAUCUGUGCUGAAAUGCCCACCCCCAAUAUAAAACUAAAAGAUCAUGCAUCUUCCUCAGCACAUAAAGAUACAUGUCUUGCAUCUAGUGUUUUCCUGAUGCUUCUGGUUUUUAGGACUGUUUAA